AUGAUUGUCGAAGGAGCAAAGCUUCUCGUCCGAAAAUCCAUAAACGAACACAUUAACCCGAGAAAAACCACUCUCCCGUUCGGCAUUGCCGACUUGGGCUGCUCGAUUGGGCCCAACACCUUCCUCGCGGUCCACUCCAUCAUCGAGUUCGUCAAACUCAAAUACGAAGAAUCGGACGUUUUUUCCCCCGAGUUCCAAGUCUACUUCAACGACCAAACAACCAACGAUUUCAACUCGCUCCUCAAGUCCCUCCCUCUCGAUCGGGAAUACUACGCGAACGCAACCCCGGGCACGUUCUACGCCCGCCUCUUCCCGAGCGCGUCUCUCCACGUGGCGCAUUGCUCGUUUUCCCUCCACUGGCUCUCGCGGGUCCCGGUCGAGAUUCUCGACCGGGACUCCACUGCCUACAACAAGGGAAAGACACAUUACGUGCGGGCUCGGGAGGAGGUCGUUCGUGCGUACGCGAACCAACAUGUCGUGGAUUUUAACAAAUUUCUAAACGCUAGGGCGCGGGAGAUUGUCCCCGGAGGUUUGCUCUUGCUUGUGGUCCCGGCUCGACCGGACGGGUGUCGUCACUCGGAAGCCUUUUUGAACGUCGUGUUUGAUGCUCUCGGAGGUUGCCUAGUCGACCUCGCGAGGAAGGGAUUAAUCGACGAAGAGAAGGUCGAUACGUUCAACUGGCCAAUCUACAUUGCUUCGCCACACGAGCUGCAAGAUGUGAUGAAGCAAAACGGGCAUUUCACUAUCGAGAAAAUGGAGAGUUUACCCGAAACAGAAGCUUCCGAUUACGAGCCCCGAGCCGCGUCACUCAGCGUACGAGCCGUGGCGGAGGAACAAAUACGGAUGCACUUUGGGCACGAAAUCCUAGACCAAGUGUUCGAGCUUUUCCUCGAAAAACUCCGCAAGAACUGGGUUCGAUUCGUGUCGAUACCAGAGUUCAACUUGUUUGUGCUUCUCAAACGCAAACAGAACAAAUGCCCUGCCAUCAAUUAA